AUUUAUCGCAGCACACUUGAAGGACGCUCACGGUACAUCGGUUGAAAACCACUGUAUUAGAGGAACCACUAAGGUCAAGCUUAUACGUUAAGUAGUUUAUGAGGUAUAGCGAUCAGUGAGUUUCUUUCGAUGGUCUCCGGAUUCAUAAUUUCUAUAAUUCCAUACGACACUGCAAUGGUCCAUUUCGUGAAAAUGGCAUAGCGAAUCACCCCAAAAAUAAUAAAUAGUGUUUAUUUAACGUAGUGAGGUUUAACUAAAAAACAAAAUGGAACACGUCGAUGCAAAAAUGAAAUAUCCGAAGUCCACAUGGUUUUUAAUUGUUUAUAAUUUAUUCGAAAAAUUUACCUUUUUUGGUUACAAAACUAUUUUAGUGUUAUAUUUGAUGAAAACAUUGAACUUUAAAGACGAUCAGACAAUGAUCAUAUACCAUAGUUUUAUAUGUCUGACAUUUAUAUGUCCAUUGAUCGGAGCAAUCUUAGCAGACUCAUUUUGGGGAAAAUUCAAAACAAUAUAUAGAUUUUUAACAAUAUAUAUCUUAGGAGGCGUUACACUCACUGGUGCUUCAAUAGUAGAUAUGUUUGGUAGCGACAUUCAAAAGUAUAUUUCAAUGAUUGGGUUAUUUUUAAUAUACAUCAGUGCUGGCAUCAUAAAACCAUCUGGUUUCACUUUUGCGGGUGAUCAAUUCCAAUUCCCUCAACAGCAACAGCAGUUUCAACAUUAUAUUAUAAAAUUCAUAAUGUCUUUGGAAAUCGGUUCGGUAUUAUCGUCAUUCCUGAUGCCUGAAUUAAGACACAGCGUACAUUGUUUUGGAAAAAGCUCGUGUUUUCCUUUAGCAUUUGGAGUAUUAGUCUUGACAGAGUUAAGUGCACUAGCUGCAUUACUGUCGGGUGGAAACUUGUACGUGAAAAAGAAGCCGGAACGCAACGUCAUCACGAGAACGUUCGGUUGCAUAUUCUACGCGUUGGGCAAAACGUUCACGUCGGGCACGUCGCGCGACAACGUCCGAUUUCUCGACCGCGCCAAACCCGAGUACACGGACGAGGAGAUAGCGGACACCAGGAGUGCCCUGAACGUGAUCACCGUGUUCACGGCGUACCCGGUGUUUUGGGCGCUGAACGAACAACAGACUUCACGAUGGACGUUGCAGGCCACGUUGAUGAACGGUCGUUUCGACUUCAUGAAUUGGACAAUCAAACCCGAUCAGUUCCAUACCAUCUCUCCAAUGUGUGAACUGAUAUUCCUCAUACUGUUCGACGGCACGCUUAACCCGUUGCUUGCAAAGAUUGGUAUACGAAAAUCCUUACAGAAAAUCACAUUGAGCGGUUUUUUAGCGACCAUGGCGUUUAUUGCUGCUGCUCUACUGGAAUUCAGAAUUCUAGGUAUCAGUACUGUUAUACCUGCUGGGGAAGGACGUCUUAAUAUUUACAACGGGUACGAUUGCGACGUACAUGCACGUUCGCUAUCAUUAAACGUUGAUCGUAUUAUACAACCCCUUGGAAUGAUGAACGUUAACUAUGCGCUUGUUUCUCGAGAAGACGUCUUUGAAAUCAUUUUAAAAUUCGAUCGGGAAUGUACUUUUGUUCCCGAGAAUUUCGAGUUGAAUACGACUGUCACAGUUUCCGAGGGGAAAGAAAUAUCAUAUUACUUGACACGAUUAAAUACAAGCACAAUCACAUUAAACCGAGUUGGUGAUUACGAUAAUUAUAAACAAAACAAACAAGGAAAUCCAAGCUUGAGGGUUUUGAUUGACGAUAGUUUUGGUUUCAACGAUAAUAUUUCAUUAAUCAGUAGCAAUGAAAAUCGAAAUUCAUAUUCGUUUUCUCCAUCCCAACGAAUGCAUUUCAAUGAAGUACAUAUAGGAAAAUAUAAUUUAUGGCAGAAUGGACAAAUGACACCCACGUCCAUGGAAAUGAUUCCGGCUACAUUUUACACAAUCACUUUACAAAAAAAUGGCAACAGAACGGAUAUUAAGCUUUUUAGCAAAUACAAAGGCAACUAUUUACAUAUAUUUUGGCAAUUUCCACAAUAUUUUUUUAUGAUCUCAAGUAUUACGAUUUUUGCAGUCACCAGAUUAGAUUUUACAUUUACCGAGGCUCCGAUAAAUUUAAAGACUUUCAUGUAUUCAUUUGACUUAUUAACCAUGGCGGGUGGAAAUUUGUUGGUUGUUAUAAUAUCAACUAUAUCAAUUAAAAAUCAAGCAUUUGAAUACCUUUUAUAUUCCGGACUUAUGUGCGCUGAUUCGUUGAUAUUAGCUUAUUUCAGUGUUGCCUUUCAGAGUACCAAUAGUGCAACAACAAAAACAAAAAAUGAAAAUAUAAACUCCCUGAACGAAGCCGAAGUCAAUAGUAUAUUGUGAUAAGAUUUUAUUGAAAAACAAUUUUAUCGAUUUAAAUUUAACAUGAUGAAAUGCAAGAAAUAAAUAUUUAUAUAAAA